AUGAAACUACCAAUUCGCGGAUUGUCUGUGCGUGAGUUAGCAGCACAGCCAUUACGACCAGUAGCUGCGUGGACUCGUCUCCCCCAAUCGUCAUCUACGAUUACUCGGAGGAGCUACUCCGUCGGCGAAAAGGCGAAGGAGGCAGAGCCAGGCGGCCAACGGCGACUAAUUAUGGCCGCGUGUCUAGCCAUACCAGCAUUUGGCGUCCUUUGGCUACGGGGCGGCAAAGAAGACAUCACCGGUGCUGGCCACGGUGCCAAUCAAGAGUACAAGGAAGGCGCCGAGGGCAAUAGGUAA